CGAAGAGGGAGAGGAGGAAGAAGAGGGGCCUGCAGAGGACCACCCCAGUAAAGGCUCCAGCGACUCGGGUACUAAGCAGGCAGAACCGCAAGUCCGGUCGCAGCCAGGCACCCACCCAGGACAGAGGUUUAGCCGCGGGCCUCCAAACGGGACCGCGCCCAGGAGGCUCGGGUGGGGCGGGCACACGCACACCCACACCCGCGGGCUCCGUUCCCCGCAGCAGUUUGAGGAAGAGAGGCUCCGUGGGAGGACAUGAAUCCCUCUCGAAACCACCUGCUUUCAGAGGUCCCUCCCGGCCUCGUUUUUCUCGUGUCCGGGAGCCCCCUCCCACUCCGAUUCACAGCGGCAGAGAGAUAUCCUUUAGAUGCUUACUGCGAGAUCCUCUCCCUCCUCCCUACGAGUUCUCCCCACGGAGGCUGAAGGCAGCGAGCGGCUGCGGGCGGAAGGGCCGCGCCGUGCGGAUGCCGAGGCUGAAGGCGCGGUUUCACCGCUCUCCACGGAAAGGUUCCGCGGAUGCCGGCAGCCGUCGCCGCGGGAUUCUGGGGGCUGCAGCAGGGAGAGCGGCAGGUGUUCAGCGGCGGGAGGCAAGAAGAAGACGCGGACCAUCUUCUCCAAGAGCCAGGUCUUCCAGCUGGAGUCCACCUUCGAUGUGAAGCGCUACCUGAGCAGCGCCGAACGAGCUGGCCUGGCCGCCGCGCUGCACCUCACCGAGACGCAGGUGAAGAUCUGGUUCCAGAACCGCCGCAACAAGCUCAAGAGACAGCUGUCGGCCGAGCCCGAGGGUCCGGGCCAAGCAGAGCCCCCAGGGGAGCCCCCGCCGCCUCCCACCGCCUCUUUCUCCUUCCCGGCCCUAUACAAGGACAGCGCUCUGCUCAGCCGCUGCCUGCUGCCGCUCCCCUUCCCUAUGUUCUACCCGGGCAGCGCCAUCCCCUACCUCUGCCUUCCCGGCCCGGUUAAGCACUUCAGCCUGCUGGAGGGGGAUGUAUAGCCUCUCCCCCCGGCCCUCGCCCUGCCUGUUGCCGGGGGCCGAUGUUCCCUGUGGCCCCGCAGUGUCACCGUCCGCUUUCGCCCCGACCCGCGGCAGUCGCUCCCAGGCCCGGGGUCCCUCACACGCGGCCGUGUGCCGCGGUGUCAGAGCUUCAACGAGCGCUGCCCUCUGCUCGAGACGGAGAAGAAAGGAGCUGCCAAAGAAAACGGGGUGCGCAGUGUCUCCCUUCCCUCCGUGGCCACGGUUUAGGAAAGACGAUAUCCUGCUUAAGCCCACGGGAAUGGUGUCGUCGCGGCUGCCCCCGCACCGUGCCUCCACCCGAGAGAGUUGGUUACAGCCCCAUCCACUCCGUACUCUCUAUCUCACAUUCUUCGCCUUUAGUACCCCCCCCAAAUAACAUUUCCCCAUCUCUGACACUAUCAAAAUGCAGACAUCUCUCUAAAUCUCUAUAGCUACUCUGAAUUUUGAAUUUUCGAACCAAACAAG